GGGAGGUGAGGCGGGAGUGGUGGCAGCUGCAGCACUGUGCGCAGGCGCGGAACUGACGGGACGGACCCGGCAGCGGUGGCGCAAGCUGGUUUAAAGCAAGCCCCUUUUGCUGAAGAAACACGUUUGCUGGUAUCAAUUCAUAAUGUCAAGUACUUUGCCCUUCUGGAUCUUAAAUUCUGCAAGGAACAGCAUUGCCACAUUACAAGGGGGCAGACGUUUAUAUUCAAGGUGUGCCUCAAAUAGAAAUAAAUCAAGAUGGAGACUCUUUUCCCAGGUACCAGGCACCCUAAAAAGCAGUGCCCCAUGCAGUAGCUUUGCCCUGCAGAAAGCCUACAGACACACAUCAACAGAGGAAGAUGAUUUCCACUUGCAGCUCAGCCCUGAGCAGGUAAAUGAAGUGCUGCGAGCCGGUGAGUCAGCUCACAAGGUCCUUGACCUUGUCAGUGGAGUCCCAAAUUCAGUGUUACGGUUUGAGAGCAACCAGCUGGCUGCCAAUUCCCCAGUGGAGGACCGGCGAGGUGUAGCCUCCUGCCUGCAGACCAGUGGGCUGAUGUUUGGCAUCUUCGAUGGUCAUGGUGGCCAUGCAUGUGCUCAGGCAGUGAGCGAGAGGCUCUUCUACUACGUGGCAGUAUCACUGAUGUCCCAGCAGACCCUGGAGCAGAUGGAGGGAGCCAUGGAAAGCAUGAAGCCCCUGCUGCCCAUCCUGCAUUGGCUCAAGCACCCAGGGGACAGUAUCUACAAGGAUGUCACGUCAGUGCACCUUGAUCAUCUCCGUGUCUACUGGCAGGAGCUGCUUGACCUGCACAUGGAAAUGGGGCUCAAUAUUAAGGAAGCGUUAAUGUAUUCCUUCCAGAGACUGGAUUCUGACAUCUCGCUGGAAGUCCAGGCCCCGCUGGAAGAUGAGAUGACGAGGAACCUUUCACUCCAGGUGGCCUUCUCUGGGGCUACAGCUUGCAUGGCCCAUAUUGAUGGAGUUCACUUGCAUGUGGCAAACGCUGGUGACUGUCGGGCCAUCCUUGGGGUCCAGGAGGACAAUGGCAUGUGGUCUUGUCUGCCCCUCACCUGCGACCACAAUGCCUGGAACCAAGCUGAGCUAUCACGGCUAAAGAGGGAGCACCCUGAAUCAGAGGACAGGACAGUCAUCAUGGACAACAGGCUGCUGGGCGUGCUCAUGCCCUGCAGGGCCUUCGGGGAUGUCCAGCUGAAGUGGAGUAAGGAGCUGCAGCGCAGUGUCCUGGAGAGGGGCUUCGACACUGAGGCCCUCAACAUUUACCAGUUCACCCCUCCACACUGCUAUACUCCACCCUACCUGACUGCUGAGCCUGAGGUCACCUACCACCGGCUGAGGCCCCAGGAUAAGUUCCUCGUGUUGGCUUCAGAUGGCCUGUGGGACGUGCUGGACAAUGAGGAUGUGGUGAGGCUGGUAGUGGAGCACCUGGCUGAAGCAGGACGGCACAAGCCAGACCUGGCCCAGAGACCCGCCAACCUAGGACUCAUGCAGAGCCUGCUGCUGCAGAGGAAAGCGCAGGGCCUCCAUGCAGCCGACCAAAAUGCAGCCACACGUCUGAUCAGACACGCCAUAGGGAGCAAUGAGUAUGGGGAGAUGGAGCCGGAGCGGCUAACAGCGAUGCUGACCUUGCCAGAGGACUUGGCGAGGAUGUAUAGGGAUGACAUCACUGUCACUGUGGUGUAUUUUAACUCAGACUCAAUUGAUGCAUAUUACAAAAGGGGUUAAGAGUGUUCCAUAUUGCCAAGGUUAACGUAAAUGCUUUUCUAAGACGUUUUCACUUACUUCUUAAACCGGCUAUUCAGCCCUUACUGUUAAAAAGGCAGGCAGAUGUAGCUGGCUUAAUAAUAGACUGACAUGAGGAAAAACCAGACUUGGUUUAAAAACAGUAGCAGUGAUUUCAUGCCACAGUGUGUUUUGAUCACCCCUUCUGCAUAGAGAGGGCAGAGCAUUGAGACCGUAGAAUUCGCUUGGGCCCAUAACCAAAGUCCUUUUACAAAGACACUGUUGUUAAACUGUCAGCCUGAGCCUUCAAAUGGUAAAUUUAAUCAUCACUCUUAAGACUAUGAAGAACUUCAGGAUUUCCUGAUGUUGUGCAAAAUCUGCAAACUUGGUAGUUUUCCUCGAUUUAAAAUCGUGGACUUAUUUUUAAAUUACUAAGACCUAGGUUUACAGAGAAUAUUCUAGAACACUUUUCUAUGCACUAUUCUAACUUUUUUGUGUGACUAUACUUGUGGAAACAUUUUGUGAUGCUGCAUCCUAGUCAUGCUUUUGUUUAUGUUAAUACUGAGUCCUCAAACUUACAGACAGGCCUGCUGUAAGCAUGCUUGGAAUGACUUGUCUUGGUUUUCAGCUGAGAGUGAGAGGGGCAAGGCCUCUGGACCAGCUGCUGAAUUGACUCGUGCCACUUGUGAUACUUUCCACUGUGUCCCACCCCUUGAACCUUGAGCCAUAAUACUAGGAGGUAAUAUCUGACUAAGCCUUAACUCCUGGCCUUCCCUGCAUUAAUAACAUAUCCUCCAGGGCUUCGUCUCUGGGGGGGAGAGGCGGGUAUUUAUAGCACUUAGCCUUUCUGAUUAUACCUCUCAAACAUUCUUCUGUUAAUUCCACCUAAUAUUCCUACCUCUGCUCUGCCGAACUCCCUCACUCCACUGCUGCUGCUGCUGAUUAUAUUCACACAAUAUUGUCCAGAAAGAAGGCUCCCUCUUCAAAUGGUUGUAGGGGAAGAGAAAAUGUGAUCGUGUAAUGUGGUAGUUGUGACAGAUGUGUAGGCAGAAUUGGCUUGUGCAGUGAAUCAUGGACCUAAGAUUCAGCCUGAAUCUGGACAGGUGAAAACAUGAAGAGCUUGGGAAGUCACUAACCAGGGCUGCUUUGUCCUGAGAGGCAGUGGGGAAGAAGGAGCGAGACUUGUCAGAUGGGGUGCAUGCCCAAAGACUGUGGGACAAACCGUCAUGGCUUCUCCUCAGGAGCCAGACCAUAUUUAGUCUAGGAGUUGGGGCAAAAAUAAAAAUGUAACCUGUAAUGGCCUCUGUGGGCAGCACAGUCUUUGUGGUUAUUUCAAAUUAAACCAUGUGGAUCCUUUUUAGGGGAAUGAAUUUCAUGUUCUGAGUUGCUGAGGCAUUUAUACAACAGGAAAUGUAUCCCUAAAUGGAAAGGAAACACAAAUAUAAUCCCACAAAGCUGACAGUUCUGUCUUCCUGCACUACUUUAGUUGAUCCCUCUCCUCAUCUUACCACCUUUUGCCAUACACUGAAAGAAAAAAGAAAGUUUGACUUUUCAUGUCCCAGUGGCAUUCAUUCAAGUGUUGGCGUACUUUUAACUUAGGGACACGUCCCUGUCGGUUUUCCGGUGCAACUGUUUGGUGAUUGGGCUUCAGCUCUCCUUUGAGUGCUUACCCCUUGGUCCUUUCAUUCUGAAAUCAUUAAUGUUCCUUUUGAUCUCCUGGAUCAUAACUGAGAAAUAAAACGUGAAACACUGCUCU